GGCUGCCCCAGAGGAACCCCUUGAAAGGCAAGGCAAGCCAAGUUCGUGGAGGCUGCCUAUCAAGUCAGUUGCAUCCGAUUGCAAGCAGCCUUCAGCACGAGAGGAUUACUCGGAAGCAAACGCCACCGAGCUCAAGCCUUACGCUCGUGUAAAGGGCAUAGAAUCAUCAUCACAGUCUUGAACGACUUGAGCCUGCCGGACUUGAGACCGAAGGGCUGGCGCCUCCCUCACCCUCCCAUUCCAGGACCAGCAAAGGGGGGAAGAAGGGGGGCGAGCCUGGGCGUGGGCUGCAGGCUGGGCCGGGUAAGGCCAAGCUGCGCCUCUUUCCCCCUCCCGGCCUCCAAUGGGAGCCUCCCAGAGGCGCGGCUGGCGGAGGCCUUGGGGGCUGGAUCGCUGAGAAAGAAGAAGGUCCCGCUCUGCGUUUCCGUCUCUCGUUGACUUCUUGCUUGGGUCACAGCCCCGAAGAUGCCGCUGGAGCUGAGCGAGUGGGACGGGCCGCUGUGCCUCAGCGAGGUAGACGAGGGGCCGGCGCAUCCCUUGCGAGUGCGCUAUGGGGCCCUGGAGAUCGAGGAACUCGGCCAAGUCCUAACUCCAACCCAGGUCCAAAAGCGUCCAACAUCCAUUGAGUGGAAUGGCUGUGAUCCACAGAAACUCUACACUUUGAUCCUCACAGACCUGGAUGUUCCAAGCAGGGAGAACCCAAAGCUCAGAGAAUGGCACCAUUUCCUGGUGACCAACAUGAAAGGCAACGACGUUAGCAGUGGAUGUACCCUGACAGACUAUGUGGGAUCAGCACCUGGUAAAGGCACAGGACUCCACCGCUAUGUAUGGCUGGUCUAUGAGCAGCCCCACCAACUGACCUGCGAUGAACCCAUCUUGAAUAACAUCUCUGCUGCCAAGCGGGAGAAUUUCCGAGCUGCGUCUUUUCGCAAGAAGUACAAGCUGGGGCCCCCUGUGGCAGGCGUGUGCUACCUGGCUGAGUGGGAUUGCGUGGUACCAAAGAUCUAUGAGCAGCUGAACGUAAAAUAGAGAGCCUAGAAUCAAGAUCCCACCUGGUCAACGCUGAUCCCCUUCCAGUUCUUUCUCUCGCUCUGUUUCUCUGCUCUGCACAAUAUGUCCAGUAGACAAUCCUUGCAGCAUUAGAAAGAUUUCUCUCUCCCCCCUUAUUCCUAUUUUGCAACCAGAGUUACUUGAGCUGUAUUCAGAUGGUGUUUGUGAAAAGGAACAGAUCUUGGAAGAGGAAAUUAUCUUAGUUAAUUGUUUUAUUGCUUGUAAAUUGCCCAGACCUCAGCACUAGCCAGGACGGAGCGAUUAAUUAAAUUUCAGAAAUAAAUACAGGGCUUUUGAGCAGAAACGCACAGGAACACAGUUCCAGCUGGUUUUUUUGGGAGGAGUGGCCUAGUAUGCAAAUGAGUUCCUGCUGAGCUUUUUAUACAAAAAAAGAGCCCUGAAUAAAUAAAUAAAUCUGUAUGUUGUGUGUA